UUCUUCAUUUAAACCUAACCGCACUUUUUUAAGCGGUGUUGUGCAUUAUUUACAAUGUAUUCAGUACUUCAAAAGAAGGAAAAUGCCCAUAGUGAAAGCAUUUGGAGUUGUGCUUGGGGUAAAUCUGUGCCGGAAAAAAAGAAAAAAGGGCAAGAAGAUGGGGAUGAUGAAAAAUCCAGGGACUCUAUUAUGUCAGAUGAACCUCCAACAGAAUACAUUAUAACCGGAGGAGUUGAUGAUUUGGUAAAAGUAUGGGAGCUACAAGAUGAUCGUUUAGAUUUAAAGUAUAACCUAGAAGGACAUUCCUUGGGAGUUGUUUCAGUGGCUAUAAGCAAUAGUGGAAAAUUAUGUGCAUCAAGCUCUUUGGACUCUAGCAUGAGAAUAUGGAACUUGGAAACUGGCGAAAAAGUUGCCAAUAUUGAUGAAGGACCUGUUGAUCUGUGGACUGUUGCAUUUAGCCCUGAUGAUAAGCAUGUUAUUUCUGGAUCUAAUGAAGGCAAAAUUACUUUAUACAAUGUAGAAAAUGCAAGUACUGAACAAAGUUUUGAGUCCAGGGGCAAAUUUACACUCAGUAUUGCUUAUAGUCCAGAUGGAAAAUAUAUUGCUAGUGGGGCAAUUGAUGGAAUUAUUAAUAUUUUCGAUGUUGCUUCAAAUAAAUUAUGUCACACUCUGGAAGGUCAUGCUAUGCCUAUUCGUUCUUUGUGUUUUUCGCCUGAUUCACAAAUUUUAUUGACUGCGUCUGAUGAUGGACAUAUAAAAUUAUAUGAUGUACAAAACACAGAUUUGGUGGGAACAUUAUCAGGCCAUGCGUCAUGGGUUUUAAGUGUUGGCUUUUCUCCUGAUGGAAAACAUUUUGUUUCUGGAAGCUCAGACAAAUCUGUUAAAAUAUGGGAAAUGAGUACUAAACAAUGUGUUCAUACCUUUAAAGAACAUACAGAUCAGGUGUGGGGUGUAAAGUAUAGCCCAGACAGCACAAAAAUUAUGUCGGUCUCUGAGGACAAAUCAAUGAUUUUGUAUAGCUGUCCAAGUUAAAAUAAUUUUUAUAAUUGUAAUAUUUUAAUGUUUAAGCAUGGAUAAAUUUAUUAUAAACAAAAGCAUGUGUUAAAGAAUUAUAAUAAACUUUGUACAAAUUUGUCAA